CGUCUAUUCCCGGGCAGAACCGUCCGGUGCUUCCAUGGAACCGAGCUCAGAGUGAGCCGAGGCGCCGCCAUGAACGACCGGUACCACCGGGCGGCCCGGGACGGGUACCUGGACGUGCUGAAGGAGGCCGCCCGGAAGGAGCUGAACGCCCCGGACGAGGACGGGAUGACACCGACCUUAUGGGCCGCUUACCACGGAAACCUGGAGGCGCUGCGGCUCAUCGUGAGCAGAGGAGGUGACCCGGACAGAUGUGACAUCUGGGGCAACACGCCGCUCCACCUGGCGGCUGCCAACGGCCACCACAACUGCCUUUCCUUCCUGGUGGCCUUCGGUGCCAACGUGUGGACUCUGGACAACGACUACCACACUCCGCUGGACAUGGCUGCCAGCAAGUCCCACAUGGACUGCGUCCGCUACCUGGACUCCAUCGCCGCCAAGCAGAUCACCCUCAACCCCAAGCUGGUGGGCAAACUGAAGGACCGGGCGUUUCGGGCCGCAGAGCGCCGCAUCAAAGAGUGCGCCAAGCUGCAGAGGAAGCACCGCGAACGCAUGGAGCGGAAGUUCAUGAAGGAGUCGGCGGUUCUCGACAACAUGGACGCCAUGAGCCUCUCCAGCUACAACAGCAGCAGCACGCUGAGCCGCAAGUUCAACACCGUCACCUCCAACAUGCCAUACUCGCAGGCCACCCUGCAUUCGACAGCCAAGGGCAAAGCCAAGAUCCAGAAGAAGCUGGACAAGAAGAAGCAGGUCGACGGUACGUUCAAGAUCUACGAGGACGGCAGGAAAAGCGUGCGCUCGCUGUCCGGCCUGCAGCUCGGCAACGACGUCAUGUUCCUCAAGCAGGGCACCUACGCCAACCCCAGGGAGCGGUCGCGCCUCAACAUCCGCGACAUGUUCCCCCACGACAACGACGACGCCGACACCGUCUCCCGUGCCAUGAGCGACCCGGGCCUCCACGAGGCGGCGUACUCGGAGAUCAGCGCCGACUCUGGCCGAGACUCGCUGUUCACCCGACCCGGUCUGGGCACCAUGGUGUUCAGGAGGAACUACAUGAGUGGGGGGAUGUUUGGGAUCGGUGGACGGGACGAAGGCAGCGUCGCGGGAAGCGAACCAAUCGGCCGGGCGCCCAACGUUCGCCUGCGGGGACACCUGCCUCGACGCUCGCCCAGCUUCGACGAGGACAGCAUCGGCAGCGCUCUGAGCCUCCAGGAACGAAACCUGCAGGAGCUGCCGUGGGAGGAGGCCGAGGUCGGGCUGGACGAGGACAUGGAGCCCGAGAACAGUCCUCUGGAGACCUUCCUGGCCUCCCAGAGCCUCGGCGAGUUCAUGCCGCUGUUCAGGAAGGAGAAGAUCGACCUGGAGGCUCUGAUGCUGUGUUCGGACCAGGACCUCACCAGCAUCCACAUCCCUUUAGGCCCCAGAAAAAAACUGCUGGAUGCCUGCAAGAGGCGUCUGGACACUUUAGACGAACCAGAGGCCAUCGAAGACACUGAGCUUUGAAACGUCCAUAUUGUGUUUUCCUCCACUUAGUCCUUCCAGAACACACAUCAGCGACUGUCUUUGCCUUCAUCAGCAAAUGGAAGAUUUACUGGACUGAGAGAAUAAGAAUCGUAGAGUUGAUUCCUUUUGGUAACCUUUAAAUCUACAUUAAGUAUAUUUGCUCAAAUGUUCAUUAGCCGUGUUUCCAUAUCAUAUUUUAAUGCUCAUUUUCGCAAGUAUCGGAAAAAGUUAAUGAAACAGACACAAUUUGAAAAACUUAAUUUAGCAAAGAAGUGUUUUUUUCUAAUAAGAGCUGAUAGCGAGCAUUUAGGUCACAUGACUGAUUGUUUCUUCUAUUGAAGCUGGUACCAGCUGACAUGAACAGAUGUGCUGUUCUGUAGGAACUUGUUCUAGAGCAAAAAAAAUCCACCCAAUAAUUACAAGUUUCCCAAUUUCUCUUUCAUGAAUUGACAAAUUCUUGUUUAUCUCUUCUUCUUAUUAUUCUUCUACUGUGUUGUUUUUUUAACAUGAUGU